GGCCCCGCCUCUCCCCGGGAGCGGGCGCGCUCGGGGCUGGAGACGCGCGGGGAGGGGGCGAGGCGGAAGUGAAGGCGCUGGGCGCUCCCCGGCCGUUCCCCCCGCCCUUCCCGCCCCGGCGCUCGCUGCGGCACAAAAGAUGGCGGCGAAAACACAGGGCGGAAUCCGCCUCAGCGCGCUUUGUCCAAAGUUCUUGCAUACCAACUCUACCAGUCACACCUGGCCUUUCAGUGCAAUUGCAGAACUUAUAGAUAAUGCUUAUGAUCCAGAUGUGAGCGCUAAACAGAUAUGGAUAGACAAAACGGUGAUAAACGACAAUAUAUGCUUGACAUUCACUGAUAAUGGAAAUGGAAUGAACUCAGAGAAGCUGCACAAAAUGCUAAGCUUUGGUUUCAGUGAGAAAUCUGUGAUGAAUGGCCGUGUUCCAGUGGGACUGUAUGGAAAUGGGUUUAAAUCAGGGUCCAUGCGCCUGGGAAAAGAUGCAAUAGUGUUCACCAAGAAUGGAGAAACCAUGAGCGUGGGCCUGUUAUCUCAGACGUAUCUUGAAGUCACAAAAGCGGAACAUGUCAUGGUUCCUAUAGUGACGUUCAACAACCAAGGACAGAUGAGUGAUCCAACAGAAUCCAAAAACAGCCUGAAGGCCAUCUUAACGCAUUCUUUAUUUUCUACUGAGAAGAAAUUACUGGAAGAGCUGGAUGCUAUAAUGGGGAAAAAAGGAACAAGAAUUAUAAUUUGGAACCUUAGAAGAGAUAAAAAUGAAAAAACAGAGUUUGACUUUGACAAGGAUAAAUACGAUAUAAGAAUUCCAGAAGACUUAGAUGAAACAGGCAAAAGAGGAUAUAAAAAACAAGAGAGAAUGGAUCAGAUUGUUCCAGAAAGUGACUACUCACUACGAGCUUAUUGCAGUAUUUUGUAUCUGAAGCCAACAAUGCAGAUCAUUCUGCGAGGACAAAAAGUGAAAACACAGCUGGUUUCCAAAAGUCUUGCCUUCAUUGAACGUGACAUAUAUAGACCAAAAUUUUUGAAUGCUAAAACAGUAAGAAUUACUUUUGGAUUUAACUGCAGAAACAAAGAUCAUUAUGGAAUAAUGAUGUACCAUAAAAACAGACUCAUCAAAGCUUAUGAAAGAGUUGGCUGUCAGUUAAAGGCAAACAACAUGGGUGUUGGUGUAGUUGGGAUUAUUGAAUGCAAUUUUCUAAAACCAACUCAUAACAAGCAAGAUUUUGACUACACAAAUGAAUACAGACUUACAAUAGCAGCAUUAGGAGAAAAGCUUAAUGAUUACUGGAAUGAAAUGAAAAGGAAGAAGAACGAAGAAUAUCCAUUAGCAUUGCCAGUUGAGGAGAUACAAAAACAGCCUGAUCAGACAUGGGUGCAAUGUGAUGGGUGUCUGAAAUGGCGGAAGCUGCCAGAUGGAAUAGAGCACUUGCCAGAAAAGUGGUACUGCUCACUGAACCCCGACCCACAAUUCCGGGAUUGUAAUGUGCCAGAAGAACCAGAAGAUGAUGACUUAAUACAUCCCACAUAUGAGAAAACUUAUAAGAAAAAAGACAGGGAAAAACUGAAGAAGCGACUAGAAUACAACUACCAGAUCAAUAAUGAAAUGUUUUUAAAAACACCCGUCUCUACAAGUAAAGACUUCAAAGCAUUCUCAGUUGUGAGUGGAAAGGAAGCUGUUCCAAGAUCACUUUUACCAGAAACAUCAAAUGCUUCUGUCAAAAGACCUCUGCUUCUUUUAAAUAGAUCAGUAUCUUCACCUCAUUCUGAUUCUGAUAACAGUGUUAAACGGAAGGCACCUAGUUCUGUGACACCUGUGUCUUUAAAGACACCUCGAUUAAAUGACAGAACGUUCAACAACCAUGAUGAUGAUGAUGAAGAUGUCAUUAUUUUAGAGGAGAGCAGUACUCCAAAGCCUUCAGCAGAUUCUGAUGUUCCUGUAGUAAAAACUGAAAGUGUUAAUUUGCAUCAAGAGGAGAAGCAGCAAGAAAACUGCAGUGUCGGACAAGGUUGCAGUGCAGCUGCUUCAGAAUCAAAAAGUGAACAGUUGACCUCAGCGACACAGACAGAGCUCCCGACAUUAGUCGUUAAAAAGGAAGAGGUGGAAGAUAAUACUGAGAUUCAGGUUCCCAGGACAGAAAUGGAAACUAAACAGCACAACGUUAAUGAUGCUUCUGAGACAUCUGUAAAUCUUGAAAACGAACUGAAAAGUCAGCUGCAAUUAUUAAGCAAAGAAAAAGAAAUGUACCAAGCCAAAUGUGAAGCAUUAACCAAACAAGUAGAAACACUGGAACAGAGGAUUUUAGAAAUGACUAAUAAGUAUGUAAAAAAAGAAAUGUGCCAUCAGUCAACUGAGACAAUUCCAUUUGAAGAGGAAAACAUUCAUGGAAGAAGUUUGGCAGAAGUGACCGUUCUCCAUGAACAGGCCUUAGAAGAAAUAGCAAAACUAAAGGAACAAUGCAGUACCCUGCAGAACUUAAAAACUGAAUGCAGCAAGUGUGCUGAUGGUGAAAAUAAAAGUGAGGUAGAUGAGAUUGCUGAACAACUGGAUGAUGUUUUCAGGCAACUGGACAAGUGCAGCAUCGAGAGAGACAGAUAUAAAAGUGAGGUUGAACUACUAGAAGUGGAAAAAAAUCAAAUUGCCUGUCAAUGUGAAGAACUCAAAGCAGAAAUCGCACAGUUAAAAGCUUCAAUUCCACAAGCAGUAGCACGUGCGAAUGAUUCUACCACCAGUAAUGUAGAAGACUCUGUAAAUUUUUCUGAUGGAGAAAGCCUGAAACUACGUUCUCUUCGAGUGAAUGUUGGACAACUUCUGGCUACAAUCAUGCCCGAUUUAGACUUGCAGCAAGUAAAUUAUGAUAUUGAUGUAGUAGAUGAAAUUUUAGGACAAGUUGUAGAACAAAUGCAUGAAAUUAGUAGUACUUAAGAUUUUAGCAGACUCUUACUUGAUCUUCUGUUAUAAUCUUUGUGUAGGUUCAAAAUUGUAUAUAGUGCGUCCUCACUUUAUAUAUUUGACAUAGUUUGAUCAAUAAGUGUACAUAGCCUAAGCAUUUAGGUGUCCCAAUGGAUGCAGUGGGUGUUAUCUUCACUUGCUCUUAAAGGAACACUGUCAAUAUUGACCAAGCGUGAUGUACUUAAUUAAGGAUUUUGCUUUAAAAUGUAUUUGUAAUUAAAUUUGCAAAUAUUUUUAUUAGGAAUCUUAAUACUUUUCUACAAAAGCUUUUUUGUUGACUUUUGAUCUUAUAUAAGCAUUAAUACUUGCAAUUAUUUCCUCUUUGGAAAUCUGAGUAGUGAAAUAUGUUAAAAAUUAAAAAAAAAAAAAAGAGCCUUCCUUGAUUUCCUUCUCCGAACAAACCUUAGUAGUGUUGUUGUAUACUACAGUAUUGUUUCAUUGCUAUCAGCAAUGUUGUAUUGUUGCAUUAAUGGGAUAGAAAUGUAACUAGUAAAUGAAAAUUUUGGCCAUAUGGGUAAUAUUUGUGGUUUACUAUGUUGUGGUUUAAUCCCAGCCAGCAACUAAGCACCGCACAGCCGCUCGCUCACCCACCCUGCCCACCCAGGGAUGGAGGAGAGAAUAAAAAUCCUUGUGGGUUGAGAUAAACACAAUUUAAUAAGAUAGUAAAGGAAGAGAGAAGAAGAAGAAUAACAAAAGAACAUCCAGUACAAAACAAGUGAUGCACAGUGCAAUUGCUCACACCCAGUGAUCAGUGCCCAGCCCCUCCUCAAGCACUAAUUGUCAUGUGGUACGGAACAUCCCUUUGGUCAGUUUGGGUCAGCUGUUCCAGCUGUGCCCCUCCCAGCUUCUUGCACACUCCUCACAUUCUCAUUAGCAAGCCUGUAUGAGAAUCUGAAAAGUCCUUGACUGCUUAGCGACAACUAAAACAUCAGUGUAUUACCAACAUUAUUCUUACUCUAAACCCAAAGCACAGCACCAUUCCAGCUGCUAGGAAGAAAAUUAUCUCAGCUGAAACCAGGACAUACUACCAAAAGAAGAAAAAUUCUUUAAGGGUUUUAUCCUGAAAACUGAUGAUCUUUGGCUCCCAUUUGGGUUUUUUGAUGUCAUUAAAGAAGAUUAUUUGUACAUAGUUUUGCAGCAUAAACAACUGCAUGGGCUAUGGCUAGGAUAUGUCAUCCUUUUCAGUGAUGGAACUACAUGCCUAUUUGCAUCCUGCCCUUGCUACUCCAUUGUUGUUUCCUGUUUCCAAGAACAAGAGGGAUCUUCAGCUCUACCCUAUAGCUCCCCUUUGAACGCAGCAGUGCUGGUUCACAAGUCCAGCUAUGUACCAGUACACGGCUUCAAUCGUCAGAUUUCACACAGAGCUCUUGUCUACAUUUUGCCAAGUCAAGGGCAACUGGUGGAAUGGGGAGCAUCCUGGUGGACCAUUGGAGAGAACAAGCUGGGGUGGGAUAUCCAAAGCAAGGUGGGAUUCAUGGGCAACCUCUGCUUGGCAUCAAACGCUACCUCUUGAGACCUGAAGGGGCCCAGUGCUGAACAGGAUUGACAUAGAGUUUCUAUGAUGUAUGCAAAUGCUUAUAUACAUUAACUCAAAAAACUCCAAAUCAUUGCAGUAUUAAACAUACAGUCUUCCUUGGAGUCUUUCAGGCUGAGAUAUGAGGGUUGAGAUUCGUGUCCAAAACUUACCUUCCUAUUGGUAGUAAUGCUGAGUAUGAAUAAGUCAGACUACUAAAUUCUUUAUUAAACCAGUCAAAGUACUUUGUUUUCUUAUCGGUAGUGUUAACUGCUACAGAGUGAGCUAAAGGUGAAAAUGUUCAAUGCUGUCUUAAAGCUUAGACAUCUUUUAUUAUAGGUAAGAUAGGGGAGUCCCUCCCCCCCACCCCCCUUUAUUUUUUUUGGUAAAUGUUUUAUAGUGACUUUUAAGCCACUAGUUCUGUGCUCUAAUGCUCAUGGAAAAACUUCUUGGAAGAAAUGGUACAGAGAAAUCACCAUGAAGAUGGUGACAGUAUUCUCAAUCAGGUUUUUUUUUGAAGUCAUCAGGAAUGAGAGGAGAGGUGGCAAAGAUAUCAAAUCCACAUUUUACUUUGUGGUGGUAUUUGUCAUCCAAACGGUGAUCAAGCAAAACAGUUCUUGCUUUUAAAAAAUCAUGAAAUAGUGUUCAAUGCGUUCAUUCCUAUGAAGUAUCUUUUUUUUUGUAGAGCAAACAUUUUUUGGCUUUUGCACCACUCUUGUCCUGAAUUAAUUAGAUUAUGUUUUCAUUGUAGUUCAGUCAGUUUCUUUCAAUGGACAGUAUUUCCAUUUUAAGAUACUAUCUAUUCUAAUAUGCUAAUAAGGAUAAUGCAGUACUGUUGUACCUUAUGAUGGAUAAACUGAAUGUUUGAUUUUUGAAGAGUUGGCUGUAAUAUAACUGAAUGACUUUUUUAAAGUUUAUAUUUUCCAUUUAUCGGUGUGUAGUUUUCCAUUUCUUAAUCAUUAUUUAUUAUGUUUCAUCAGAUUCUGUAGUUGAAUUUCUUAUAGACAACUAUCAAAAUAUAGCAUAUGUCUAUAUUAAAAAUGGCAAAUUUACACUGUACAUUUGCACUUUGGAGAACAGUGGACUAAUGGAAAUGGGGUUUAUUCACUUGUUAAAAUGUAUUUUUUGUAAACAAUUAAAAAAUAUAUAAAUCUGAGUUUGCUGGAUCAAAACUUGUACGUGAUCAAAUGCAAUGUUUUUGUUUAUAAAUAAACACUAUGCAGAAUGGCUAAUGCA